AUGAAUUCUUUCAUCAUAAAAGACAUCCGUCUUUUCGACGGAGACAAAGUGGUGGAGAAUAGCAGCGUGCGUGUAGAGAAUGGCAUAAUCACUGAAGUCGGUGACAACGCCAGCAAAGAUGGAACUCCUGUCAUAUCUAAGCCUGGCCACACACUGGUUCCAGGUCUGAUCGAGGCGCACUGCCAUCCAUAUGACAAUGUCAAGCUGCCGGAGCAGUGCUUUCGGUUUGGCAUCACAACAUUGAUGGACAUGCACAACGUCCACGAACACGCAGUUCAGCAGAAACAGUGGGCCAGAGAAAGGACGGACUUCCCAGACAUCAAAAGCUGUCAUUACGCGGCCACCAUUUCAGGCGGUUGGCCGGCCUUCGUGGAAAAGAAGUUGAGCAAAGAUGGACACGAGAAGUUCGACAAAUACCCUAACAUUGCCACCGAAGCAGACGCCGAAGCAUACAUCGCGAGAUCACUGCAGGACGGUGCCGACUACAUCAAAUUGAUGCACGAGGUGGGCACAGCUAUCGGGAUCCCUCCAGGUCUCAUCGCACAGCCGACCGAAAGUGUCCAAGCGGCGGUGGUGCGCGCAGCACAUCAAAAAGGUCUCAAGGUCAUUGCCCACGCCUUGUCGCGCAAAGACACGCUCGAGGUGUUGAGAGCUGGGGUAGACGGUCUCGCCCAUACCUUCUUCGACGAGCCUAUUACACCCCAGGUGAUCGAGUUGUAUCGUCGAAAUCGCGCCUGGUGUACCCCAACACUAGGCUGUUCCGGCAGCAUGACUGGCGAGUCGUUGAAUAUCGUCAAGCAGUUUUCGGAGGAUCCCAGAGUCCGGAGCCGAGUGCUUGACACGGAUGUGCAGGUCAUGCAACAUUGCAUGCACUUGAAGGCCGACACAGCAAGAUGGGACUACGCCAUUGACAGUGUAAGGCAAUUGAGAGCGGCGGGCGUCCAGAUCGUCACUGGUUCCGACUCUGCACCAGGUGCGCCAGGCCUAGUCUUUGGUGUGAACCUACACAUCGAGAUGUUCUUGCUGGUUCACAAAGCCGGAAUGACGCCGCUGGAAGUCUUGAAGUCUACGACUAGCGUCACUGCGGAUGCUUUUGGAUGGUCGGAUCGAGGAAGGAUAGGGCCGGGUCUCAAGGCUGAUCUUGUUCUGGUGGAAGGAAAUCCCAUGGUCGACAUUACAGACAUGCUGAAUAUUAGAGGAAUAUGGAGAGACGGUGUCAAAUUUGAGGGACAUGAGGGGUUUCCCCUCUCAUGA